AUGUUGUUGCUAUUUAUUUUCAUUGUGCCUCUCUUGAGUUAAACAUGUUUCAGUAACAAGGCAGCUGUAGAUUGUAAAUAUUUGAAAUGUUGUACUCAAGAAGGCUUUUGUGCUGUAUAUGAAAGUGAAUGUUACUAUAGUGCUGAGAAAUGUACACAUUAUUUUAACAUUUCCAUUAGACUCAUGUGAUUAUGCUGAAUGUGAUUAUUGUUGUAUUUAUAAUGGAGAUACUGUUGAAUGUGGAUCUCAAGAUUAAUGCUUAGCUUGGAUUUUCAUUUUGUUAGGUUCUUGGCUAUUAUUGACAUUAAUUGUAAUUUUUGCAGCUAUCAAUCGUAAAAGAAAUAUUGCCACUCGUAUGAUUGUGAUUGCUGAAAAGGCUAGGCUAGUUGCUUAAGAUAACUCAAGAAAAUCUAUAGUCUCAUAAAUUAUUGGACCAGAAGAACAAUAUGGGAAAGAAUUUUAAAUUGAUAAAGAUAACUAUAAUUUGUAAUUAUGA